CUCUAACUUGAUCUCUGUAUCCGCCAACACCUCCCAUCUAUAUAGCUGAAAAACACUUCCGGUGUUGUUUCAUGGCAAUGGCAUGGUGAAUCUAAUAGAAAGGGAAAUUUUGUGUUCCUCGUAUCCUUCCCCAUAGACCCAGAGCACAUCGCCUGUGUUUCCAGGUUGGAGAGCAGCGCUCUUUCUGCUUGGAAAUAGCGGCUACGCUGUGCCUUGUCUCAUCGCCUCGCCAUGGCGGCUCAUAAACCAGUGGAAUGGGUCCAGGCCGUGAUUACUAGAUUUGAUGAGCAGCUUCCGAUCAAAGUGGGGCACCAGAAUACUCACACCAAAAUCAGCACAGAGCACAACAAAGAAUGUUUGAUCAACAUCUCCAAGUACAAAUUCUCCCUUGUCAUCAGUGGCCUCACCAACAUCCUUCGAAAUGUCAACAACAUGAGAAUAUUUGGAGAAACCUCUGAGAAGAAUCUCUACCUUUCUCAGCUCAUCAUUCUUGACACUCUGGAGAAGUGCCUUGCGGGGCAACCCAAGGACUGUCUGCGUUUGGAUGAGGCCAUGCUGGUAAAACAGCUCCUUCCUGAGAUCUGCCAUUUCAUUUAUACCUAUCGUGAAGGCCACCAGCACGCAGCUGAGCUCCGUGUGUCUGCCUCAGCUGUCCUCUUCUCUUUAAGCUGCAACAACUUCAAUGCGGUCUUCAGUCGUAUCUCAACCAGACUGCAGGAAUUGACAGUGUGUUUGGAAGACACGGUGGAUGUUCAUGACAUCGAACUGAUGCAGUACAUCAAUGUGGACUGCUCUAAGUUAAAGAGGCUGCUUCAAGAAACUGUCCUUAAAUUCCGAGCCCUGAAAAAGCCGGCCCAACUAUCCGUUAUCAACAGUUUAGAGAAGGCAUUUUGGAACUGGGUGGAGAAUUACCCUGAUGAAUUCACAAUGCUUUACCAGAGGCCACAGGCUGACAUGGCAGAAGCUGCAGAGAAGCUUUUUGACCUGGUGGACAAUUUCGCUGAAAGUGCAAAGAGGAAGGCUGCAGUGUGGCCACUUCAGAUCAUUCUCCUCAUCCUCUGUCCUCUGAUAACACACACUAUCUCUAAAGACACUGUGGAAGAAAGCAAGACCAACAAGAAAAUUUUUCUGGACAAUCUACGAAAAGCCUUGGCUGGGCAGGGUGGGAGUAAGCAGCUGAUGGAGAGUGCUGCUAUCGCCUGUGUCAAACUGUGUAAAGCCUCUACUUACAUCAAUUGGGAGGACCAUUCUACCAUUUUCCUCCUGGUUCAAUCCAUCGUCAUGGAUCUUAAGGCUUUACUGUUUAACCCAGCCAAACCGUUCUGGAGAGGUGUGGGUAACCAGAAUGCUGAUGUGGAACUGAUGAUGGACUGCUUUGUCUCCUGCUUCCGCAUAAAUCCUCACAAUAACCACCACUUUAAGGUCUGCUUGGCACCUUCAUCUCCCUCCACGUUUCACUUUGUCCUGGUGAACUCGUUGCACAGAAUUAUCACCAAUUCUCAUCUGGACUGGUGGCCUAAGAUUGAUGCAGUGUAUUGCUACUCCGGAGAGCUUCGCUUGAUGUUCUCUGACACACUUAACCGGGUUGUUCAAGGAACUGCAACCCAUCCUCCUAUUCGCAUGGCAUCGAGUCUGACGUUCAAGGGAAAGAUGAGCACCAGUCUCAAGUUUAAAGAGAAAGCCACGGACCUGGACACUCGCAGUUAUAAGUGCCUUCUUCUUGCUUUGGUCAAACUCAUUCAUGCUGAUCCCAAACUUUUGUUGCACAACCCAGUGAGACAUGCUCCUGAUGCUCAGAGCAGCACAGCAGAGCUGAUUACGGGCCUGGUCCAGCUUGUGCCUCUCAGCACCACCACUCAGCUCUCCCAAGAAGCCAUGGAGGCUCUGCUAGUUCUUCACCAACCAGAGACCAUAGAACUGUGGAAUCCCGAUGCUCCUAUUGAGACAUUCUGGGAUAUCAGUUCACAGGUGCUGUUCCUCAUCUGCCGAAAACUGAUUGGCCAGCAGAUGGUUAAUGGAACGGAGGUUCUCAAAUGGAUGAGGGAAAUCCUCAUCUGCCGCAACAAAUUUCUGCACAAAAACAAGGAAAGUGCCACUAUGGGUGCUGCACUACCCAUCUGCCGUCAAGCGCAGACCAAGUUGGAGGUUUGUCUAUACAUGUUCUUGUGGAGUCCUGACACAGAGGCUGUCCUUGUGGCAAUGUCCUGCUUCCGCCACCUUUGUGAGGAGGCCAAUAUCCGCUCUGCUGCAGACGAGGUGCCAGUCCAGAACAUCCUGCCCAACUAUUCUACCUUCAGUGAACUGGCUUCUGUCAGCAACAUGAUGGGCACAGGUCGCUCUACUCUUCAGAAGAGAGUAAUGGCUCUGCUCAGGAGAAUAGAACAUCCCACCCCAGGAAACAUUGAGGCAUGGGAGGAUACACAUAUUAAAUGGGAGCUGGUCACCAAGCAGAUUCUUAAUUUUCCAAAAAACAAAGCAGAUGAUGGACAGCAGGAGUGGAUCAACAUGACGGGUUUCCUGUGUGCUCUGGGAGGUGUGUGUCUCCAACAGCGCAGUACCCCUGGCCCUGCCACCUACAGCCCACCCAUGGGCACCAUGAGUGAGCGCAAACACUCUAUGAUCUCCAUGGGCCCUUGUGAUGCGCCCAGUCUUCUGGCCUCAGCGCCUACAUGCUCAUCGUCGGCAUCAAUUGACAUGCCAGUCAGCUGUUUCCUGGAUCGUCUACUGACUCUGUUGGUGUGUGGUCAUGAAAGGGUUGGCCUCCAUGUUCGUACUAAUGUUAAAGACCUGUUGGGGAUGGAGUUGAACCCUGCUCUCUACCCAUUGCUCUUCAACAAGCUGAGAAACAGCAUUGGAAAGUUUUUUGAUGCUCAGGGACCAGUUCCCAUCAAUGAUGCCAACACCCAGUUUGUGGAACAAAUCAUUGCCAUCAUGAAGAACCUGCUGGAUAAUCACACAGAGGGCAGUUCUGAACACCUUGGUCAAGCCAGUAUUGAGACCAUGAUGCUCAAUCUUGUUAGGUAUGUGCGGAUUCUGGGAAACGUGCUUCGUGCCAUCCAAAUAAAAACAAAGCUUUGUGAACUGGUUGAGGUGAUGAUGAAGAGACGUGAUGAUCUGUCGUUUUGCCAGGAGAUGAAGUUCAGAAACAAAAUGGUGGAGUAUUUAACUGACUGGGUGAUGGGAACCUCCAACCAGGCUGCUGAUGAUGAUAUUAAAUGUUUGACAAGAGACCUGGAUCAGGCCAGUAUGGAAGCUGUAGUAUCUCUUCUUGCUGGUUUGCCUCUGCAGCCUGAAGAGGGGGAUGGAGUGGAACUAAUGGAGGCCAAGUCCCAGCUUUUUCUUAAAUACUUCACACUCUUCAUGAACCUGCUCAAUGACUGCAGUGAGGUGGAGGAUGAGGGACAGGCAGUGACUGGACGGAAACGGGGUAUGUCUCGACGCCUCGCCUCCCUUCGUCACUGCACCAUCUUAGCCAUGUCCAACCUCCUGAAUGCCAAUGUGGACAGUGGCCUCAUGCACUCUAUUGGUCUUGGCUACCACAAGGACCUACAGACUCGGGCCACUUUCAUGGAAGUCCUUACCAAGAUCCUGCAGCAGGGCACGGAGUUUGAUACACUAGCCGAGACAGUGUUGGCCGAUCGUUUUGAGAGGCUGGUGGAGCUGGUCACAAUGAUGGGAGACCAGGGAGAGCUUCCCAUUGCGAUGGCUCUGGCCAAUGUUGUUCCUGGUUCUCAGUGGGAUGAGCUGGCCCGAGUACUGGUUACGCUGUUCGAUUCACGGCACCUUCUCUACCAACUUCUUUGGAACAUGUUCUCCAAAGAAGUGGAACUGGCAGACUCCAUGCAAACAUUGUUCAGAGGAAACAGUCUGGCAAGCAAGAUCAUGACCUUCUGCUUUAAGGUUUAUGGAGCUGCAUACUUGCAGAAACUACUUGAACCACUGCUGAAAGGCGUCAUCACCAGUCCAGAACACAUCAGUUUUGAGGUGGAUCCCGCAAGAUUGGAAUCAGGGGAAAAUUUGGAGGACAACCAGAGGAAUCUCAAGCAGAUCACGGAACGCUUCUUCCACGCCAUCACUGGCUCCUCUAGUGAAUUCCCCCCACAGCUGCGCAGUGUCUGCCAUUGUCUGUACCAGGCUACUUGCCACUCUCUUCUGAAUAAGGCAACAGUAAAAGAAAAAAAGGAAAACAAAAAAUCAGUGGUGAGUCAGCGAUUUCCGCAGAACAGCAUUGGCGCUGUCGGUAGUGCCAUGUUUUUACGUUUUGUCAAUCCAGCCAUCGUGUCCCCAUACGAAGCUGGCAUUUUGGAUAAGAAACCACUGCCCAGGAUUGAACGAGGCCUAAAGCUAAUGUCUAAGAUUCUGCAGAGCAUUGCCAAUCAUGUCUUGUUUACUAAGGAGGAGCACAUGAGGCCUUUUAAUGACUUUGUGAAGAGCAAUUUUGAUGCAGCGCGCAGGUUUUUCUUGGACAUUGCCUCUGACUCCCCUCCCAGUGACUCAGUAAACCACAGUCUUUCCUUCAUCAGUGAUGGUAAUGUUCUGGCCCUUCACCGCUUGCUGUGGAACAACCAAGAGAGAAUUGGCCAGUACCUGUCAAGCAACAGAGACCACAAGGCUGUGGGCAGGAGACCAUUUGACAAGAUGGCCACUCUGUUAGCUUAUUUGGGUCCUCCAGAACACAAACCUGUGGCUGAUACACAUUGGUCCAGCCUCAACCUGACCAGCUCCAAGUUUGAGGAGUUUAUGACAAGACACCAGGUUCAUGAAAAAGAAGAGUUUAAAGCAUUGAAGACCCUCAACAUCUUCUACCAGGCAGGGACCUCAAGGAAUGGAAACCCAGUCUUUUACUAUGUGGCUCGAAGAUUCAAAACUGGCCAAAUAAAUGGAGACCUGCUUAUUUACCACGUCCUCCUCACUUUGAAGCCAUACUAUGCCAAGCCAUAUGAGAUUGUGGUAGACCUGACCCAUGUGGGGCCCAGCAAUCGCUUCAAGACUGAUUUCCUUUCAAAGUGGUUUGUGGUCUUUCCUGGCUUUGCUUACGAGAAUGUGGCAGCUGUUUAUGUGUACAACUGUAACACAUGGGUCAGAGAGUACACCAAAUAUCAUGAGCGGCUGCUGACUGGCCUAAAGGGGAGCAAGCGUCUUCAGUUUAUUGACUCUCCGGCCAAAUUGGCUGAACACAUUGAAGCUGACCAGCAAAAGCUUCCUGCAGCCACACUGACUCUUGAAGAAGAUCUCAAAGUAUUUCAUAAUGCCCUAAAGUUGGCCCACAAAGAUACAAAAGUCUCAAUUAAGGUUGGUUCGACAGCUGUGCAGGUGACCUCUGCUGAGCGAACCAGGGUUCUUGGCCAGCCAGUCUUCCUGAACGAUGUCUACUAUGCCUCAGAGAUUGAGGAAAUUUGUCUGGUAGACGAGAGCCAGUUCACCCUGACUAUGGCCAACCAAGGUACACCUCUGACAUUCAUGCAUCAGGAGUGUGAUGCUAUUGUCCAGUCCAUCAUACACAUCCGAACACGUUGGGAGCUCUCUCAACCUGACUCCAUCCCCCAACACACCAAGAUCAGACCCAAAGAUGUCCCUGGUACUCUCUUAAACAUUGCUUUGCUCAACCUCGGCAGCUCCGAUCCCAGCCUUAGAUCUGCUGCCUAUAAUCUUUUGUGUGCCCUGACAUGCACUUUCAACUUGAAGAUUGAGGGGCAGCUGCUGGAAACGUCAGGGCUCUGCAUCCCAGCCAACAACACACUCUUUAUUGUUUCCAUUAGCAAGACACUGGCUGCCAAUGAGCCUCACCUCACGCUGGAGUUUCUGGAGGAAUGCAUCUCUGGCUUCAGCAAAUCUAGUAUUGAGCUAAAGCACCUGUGUCUAGAGUACAUGACGCCAUGGCUACUCAACCUGGUUCACUUUUGUAAGCAUAAAGAUGACGGCAAGCGUCAGCGUGUUACAGCAAUUUUGGACAAGCUCAUAACCAUGACCAUCAAUGAGAAACAGAUGUAUCCAUCCAUUCAAGCAAAGAUCUGGGGCAGCUUGGGCCAGAUCACGGACCUUUUGGAUGUGGUGCUAGAUAGCUUUAUAAAGACCAGUGCCACAGGAGGGCUGGGUUCCAUUAAAGCAGAGGUCAUGGCGGAUACAGCUGUUGCGCUGGCAUCUGGAAAUGUCAAGCUGGUCUCAAGCAAGGUAAUUGGCCGGAUGUGUAAGAUCAUCGAUAAGACUUGUCUGUCACCAACACCAACACUGGAGCAACACCUGAUGUGGGACGAUAUCGCCAUCUUAGCUCGCUAUAUGCUCAUGCUGUCAUUCAAUAACUCACUGGAUGUUGCAGCUCAUUUGCCAUAUUUGUUUCACGUUGUGACUCUGCUGGUAGCAACUGGACCCCUUUCUCUUAGAGCCUCGACCCAUGGUUUGGUCAUCAAUAUCAUCCAUUCACUCUGCACAUGCUCCCAGCUCAACUUCAAUGAGGAGACCAAGCAGGUCCUGCGGCUGAGCUUGACUGAGUUUUCACUACCAAAGUUUUACUUGCUUUUUGGUAUCAGUAAAGUCAAGUCAGCUGCUGUCAUCGCUUUCCGCUCCAGCUACAGAGACCGGUCCUUCUCGCCUGGGUCUUAUGAGAGGGAGACAUUUGCCCUGUCUUCUCUUGAGACAGUCACAGAGGCCUUGUUGGAAAUCAUGGAGGCUUGUAUGAGGGACAUUCCCGGGAGUAAGUGGUUGGACCAGUGGACUGAGUUGGCUCAGAAGUUUGCAUUCCAGUACAACCCAUCCCUUCAGCCCCGAGCCCUGGUUGUGUUUGGAUGUAUCAGUAAACGUGUGAGCCAUGGCCAGAUCAAGCAGAUCAUUCGCAUCCUGAGCAAAGCCAGUCCUCUGCUCAGCAUUGACCGAAGUCUUGAAAGUUGCUUGAAGGGUCCCGACAAUUACAACAGCCAAGUGUUGAUUGAGGCCACUGUAAUUGCACUGACCAAGCUGCAGCCUCUACUCUGCAAGGACUCCCCAAUGCACAAAGCUCUGUUCUGGGUGGCAAUAGCUGUGUUGCAGCUGGAUGAGGUCAACCUCUACUCAGCUGGGACUGCUCUGCUGGAGCAAAACUUGCACACUCUGGACACAAUGCGCGUCUUUAAUGAGAAGAGUCCUGAGCAGGUGUUCAUGGAAAUCCGCUGUCCAUUAGAGUGGCACUGCAAGCAGAUGGAUCAUUUUGUCGGACUUAACUUCAAUGCAAACUUCAACUUUGCACUAGUAGGCCAUUUGCUAAAAGGUUACCGACACCCAUCGGCCACCACUGUGGCCAGGACUGUAAGAAUCCUGCACACCCUACUGUCUCUCAUCAGCAAACACAUGAAGUGUGACAAGUUUGAAGUCAACACCCACAGUGCUGCCUACCUAGCAGCUCUUCUCACUGUCUCGGAAGAAGUCCGGAGUCGCUGCAGCUUAAAACAUAGGAAGUCUCUCCUGAUGUCUGACCUCUCCAUGGACCCAGUCCCGAUGGACACUUUUUCAACUCACAUCCCAGAUCCCAGCUGCAGAACUCUUCGAGACAGUCAACCAUGGACAUCGCCGGAGAUGUCUGAAGGCUACCUUUCUGCCAAUCACUACACAACAGUAGGGCAGACUAGCCCCCGUACACGCAAGUCCAUGAGCCUGGACAUGGGCCAGCCCUCACAGGUCAACACCAAGAAGCUUCUGGGUACCAGGAAGAGCUUUGAUCACCUCAUAUCAGACUGCAAGCCACCAAAGAGACCAGAGAUGGAGUCUGGCAUGACAACUCCUCCUAAGAUGAGACGUGUUGCUGAAAAUGAUUAUGAGAUUGAAACGCAAAGGAUCGGAAACUCACACCUUCGCAAAGUUUCUGUAUCUGAAUCUAAUGUUCUGCUGGAUGAGGAGGUGCUAACUGAUCCGAAAAUUCAGGCUCUUCUGCUCACAGUCUUGGCUACACAGGUGAAGUACACCACUGAUGACUUCGACCAGCGCAUCCUCUAUGAGUACUUGGCUGAGGCUAGUGUCGUCUUCCCUAAAGUUUUCCCUGUUGUCCACAACCUCUUGGACUCAAAAAUCAACACGGUGCUCUCCAUGUGCCAGGACACAAACCUCCUCAACCCAGUCCAUGGAAUCGUCCAAAGUGUAGUGUACUAUGAAGAAUCACCUCCGCAAUACCAACCUUCCUAUUUGCAAAGCUUUGGGUUCAACGGGCUUUGGAGGUUUGCGGGUCCGUUCUCUAAGCAAACUCAGAUACCAGACUAUGCUGAGCUGAUCGUCAAGUUUUUGGAGGCGCUGAUUGACAGCUACUUGCCAGCAGCUGAGGAGGAGCGUGGGGAGGAACAGCUGUGCACUCCCACCUCUCCCUACCCUCCCACGAGCCAGAGCCAGCUCAGCAUUACUGCCAACCUUAACCUGUCAAACUCCAUGACCUCCCUGGCCACCUCACAGCAUUUGCCAGGAGUUGAUAAAGAGAGUGUGCAAUUGUCCCCCAGUGCAGCCCUCUCCAGCAGUGGCCGGGCCCGUCAUGGUUCAGCGAGUCAGGUCCAGAAGCAACGCAGUGCAGGAAGCUUCAGGGGGCCCAGUAUUAAGAAGAUUGUCUGAUGUUUGCCCCACCCCCAGCUGUACUUUCAACUUUUUAUCUGACUUUUUAAUUAUUAUUUCCUCCUCAUCUUGUACCCAUAUUGUGUUGGUGCAAGGAAUGUUUUGAUGUAAGUGACGGACUAUGGUGAUGGGAUGUGUGAAAGAGACGGGUUCUGCCAACAUGGGACAUUGCUGCUUAAGGUUUAUAAAACCUGACUAAAAUGUCACGUUUUUGCAGCCUAAAUGGACCAAAUGACAGUGUGUUUGAGUAUGUGUGAAUAUGUAGGGAUCGGGAUGGCUGGUGUCUAGUUUCAAUUUUUCAAAGACAGUGUGUACCAAGUACCUUGUGCUUAUUUAGAUGUUGACGUGCUCUCCAUUGUGUGCCUUUGUCAGGGUUUUUAAUAUGUACCAUUUGUAAUGUGAAACCUUGCUUGGAGAAAGAACAGGUACUAAUUAUAGAGGUGAGCCGUCCACCAGCCGUCUCCCCACUGGCCUCCGACCAUCCAAAUGUACAAUCAUCCAUUAAUCCGGUUGCCUGAUAUUUAUCCUGUACAGUUAUAGUCUCUCACAUACAAAGAGGUUAAUGUAAUGUAAAUAUUCCCAGAUCUUGUUUUUACUUUUAUUUUCAACUUUCAACUACAUGUCAGCAUCCUGAGAUGAAGAUUUCACUUUUUGGCAAUAAUUUUCAUGUGUCAACCACUUUAGUUGCUUGUCCAUAACCUGCCAUUGCAGUUAAGCUUCCAUGGAGACGUGAUCACAACUUAAUCAUAAUAGAUAACCACAUUCCUUUUUAUACUCACAACUGAGACGUGACUAGCACAAAUUAUUCAAUCUGGAUUUUGUGACUCGUUCAUCUAGUGAAGUUGGCUGACAUUCUUACUGUUCUUGAUCUCCAUGAACCCAUCACAAACGCAGAGAGUGUUGACCUCCAUCAAUGAUUGCAUGAUGUUUUGGAGAUGUCCCCUUGCACUGAAAAGCUAUUCCUCUGUCACUUAGAUUGAUUCAUGUGCUAAAAUGAGUAUGUCUUCUAAUUUUGAGUAGUUGUUUUUAAACUAAUUCAAAAUGAGAAACUGCACCAAGAUACAUCGGAUUUUUGUUCCUAGGGUGUGAAUGUGAGAAGCAGCUGAAAUAAUUUUGCAAACCCCAACUGUAAGUAUUUAAAUGUGUCACCAGGGACAGGAAAUUCAGUGCUCGUUCAUGAUAUGUGCGUGUGUGUGUGAUGUGUCCGUGUGGUUUUGUUUUGUUUUUCUUUGUUUUAUUUUUUUCAUUUUGGCCUUCCAUUGGUUUAACUAUGUUGUCCCCCGGCAUCCAUCUGGGAACUUUUUACUGCAUAAAAUAGCACAAAUAUGGAAGGAGAACCAUCAGUGUUUCCACAUGGGCGUGGUUCUUCCUUUAUAUUUCAUGUUUCUUCAGACUCCAAAAAAAGACAACUGACUUGCUCUGAAAAUCCAAUUCUGGGUUUGUUCAGACAGAAAAACUCCAAAUGUGGCAUGUUUUUGUUGGUAUAAUGCAAAAUCUAAUGUCUGUUGAUUUGUUUUUAAUGCAGUAUGUAUGAUAAAUGUAAAUACUGUGUACAAUUUGAGAUGGUAUAUUUACUACACUGUACAUAAUUGUGAUAUUGUACCAUUUUGUUUUUUGUAAAGCAGUUAGUUUCUGUAUAUUAAUAUAAAAGCAUUUCCAGUGUUGGUAAUAAAAUGUUUUGCUCUCGA